ACAAGCACAACCCAACCCCUACAAGCACCCUCCCUCUUCUCCUACACACUUUAUAUCUAUGUACAUACACACACACACACACACACACAAAGCCCCCUGUGCUUAUCCCAUUGCAUCUCCACAUGAUGCAGCUAAGCAGCAGCCCUAAGGAACUUGCCAUUCCCAUGCUACUUCUGCUACUGGUUUCAACCCUGGUGGAGGGAGAGGGCGACCCCUCCCUUGCAAAUGCACAAAAUGCAAGGGCGAGGGAGGCCUUGCCAUCUUCUUCACAGUGGCUGGAGAAAACACUGAUGGGUCCCCGAGCCUCUGGAUGCUCGAAGAGGCCUUGGCUUUGCUACAAGAGGGCUUUGCUGGGAGAAAGAAUGGAGUGCUGCAAAAAUCGAUGCAUCGAUCUCGCUUCAGACUUCAACAACUGUGGGUUGUGUGGGGUAAGAUGCCCAUUUGGCUGGAAGUGCUGUGAGGGGUACUGCAUUGACAUUACCCUGAACCCAUUGCACUGUGGGAAAUGUGGGAACGAAUGCCCCAUUGGGGUGCUUUGCUCCUAUGGCAUGUGUGGGUAUUCUCUUGAUUAAGUAGCUAUCUCCACAGGGGUGAAGAUCUUCACAAGAACAUAUAUGCACACCAUCAUUUGAUUUUGUGUUAAUUUCUUUUGCACCCCUUUUAUUUCUUGCAACACAGCUUAUAUAUAUAUAUAUAUGCGUGUGUGUGUGUGUGUGUGUGUGUGUGUUAAUGUGUUCUAGCUGCCAUAUCUGCUGCAAGGGAAUUUGAACGUCGUUUGGUUUGUGUUGGAUGAUGCAAGUCUCCUUGUUCUCUAUCUUUAAUCAUGUGGAGCAUGCCUGCAACAGUUUUUCAAAUCUCUAUCAAAGAACAUUUUGAUUCUUUAUUGCAAGAGGAUGUCAUUGUUGUAAGGUAUUGGUAA